CAUUCUGAUUUCCCAGGCCAGGCCUUUUGCGGGAGAAGAAAAAGCAAAAGAGAUACUACUAGUAUCUCGGACUGGACUGGCGUACCAAAGCAAGGAGAAAAGGCUCGUCUUUCUUAGAGAGGGAGGGGGGAGGGGCGAGAGGGAGGCGCGAUGCACACGAGAUUUCUUCUGUGGCCGCUGCUGCUCGCUGUCUCCGCAUCGUCAGCUCUUCUUGGCGUUCUCGCGGCCGACCUUAGCAAAGAACCUUUUACCAUCCGUAUAAGCUGUGGGAGUUUCGACGAUGUCCACACGGCACCUACCAACACGUUGUGGUACCGAGAUUUUGGUUAUACUGGUGGCAGGUUUGCAAAUGCCACUCGCCCGAGCUUUAUUGUACCCCCACUGAAAACUCUUCGAUAUUUCCCUCUGUCUGAUGGCCCUGAAAAUUGUUACUACAUCAACAAUGUGCCCAAUGGGCACUACCAAGUCAGACUUUUCUUUGCCCUUGUGGCUGAUCCUAAUCUUGAUAGUGAGCCAAUAUUUGAUGUUUCUGUUGAGGGCACUCUAUUCAGUUCUUUGCUUUCGGGCUGGAGUAGCGAUGAUGAGAAGACAUUUGCGGAAGCCCUGGUUUUUGUUCAAGACUCAAGCUUAUCGGUUUGUUUCCACAGCACCGGUCAUGGCGAUCCAUCGAUUCUUUCUAUUGAAGUUCUCCAAAUAGAUGAUAAUGCCUAUAAGUUUGGUUCCCUUUGGGGAAAGGGAACAGUGCUUAGAACUACCAAAAGAUUGACAUGUGGUUCUGGAAAGCCAGCUUUUGACGAAGACCUAAACGGUAUCCACUGGGGUGGUGACAGAUUCUGGUUAGGGUUGAAAACUUUAUCAUCUAGUUCUGAUGAUCAACCUAUAUCAACUGAAAAUGUUAUAGCAGAGACAUUGCUUGCACCAAAUUUUUAUCCUCAAAGUAUGUACCAAUCAGCUAUUGUGGGCACUGAUAGGCAGCCGACGUUAUCCUUUGAAAUGGAUGUUACUCCAAACAAGAACUAUUCUGUAUGGCUUCAUUUUGCAGAGAUUGAUAAUGGAAUAACUGCAGAAGAGCAAAGGGUAUUUGAUGUACUUAUCAAUGGUGACACUGCUUUCAAGGAUAUUGAUAUAAUCCGCAUGACAGGAGAGCGUUUUACUGCGCUUGUUCUGAAUAAAACUGUUGCUGUCAGUGGGACAACGCUAAAAAUCACCUUGCAGCCUGUUGAAGGGACACAUGCCAUUGUUAGUGCGAUUGAGGUUUUUGAGAUCAUUCCAGCUGAAAUGAAGACCUUAACUCAAGAAGUGACUGCUCUGCGGACUUUGAAGGGUUCACUUGGUCUUCCUCUUAGAUUUGGCUGGAAUGGUGACCCCUGCAUUCCUCAGCAGCAUCCGUGGAGCGGAGUUGAUUGCCAGUUUGACAAUACCAAAAGGCAGUGGGUCAUUGAUGGACUAGGUCUUGACAACCAAGGGUUGAGAGGAGUUAUACCUAGUGAUGUAUCUAAGCUACAACACCUGCAAAGCAUAAACUUCAGCGGUAAUAGUAUAAAGGGCAAUAUUCCAUUGUCUUUGGGCACCAUCCCAGGGCUACGAGUACUAGAUCUGUCAUUCAAUGAACUCAAUGGUUCUAUUCCGGAGAGCCUUGGCCAACUGACGUCUUUACAGACACUGAACCUAAAUGGCAAUGAUCUUUCAGGAAGGGUUCCAGCCAGCCUGGGAGGAAGACCUCUACACAGAGUUAGAUUCAACUUUACGGACAAUGCUGGGCUGUGUGGAAUUCCUGGUUUACGUGAGUGUGGCCCUCAUUUAUCAGUCGCUGCAAAGAUUGGCAUGGCUUUCGGGGUACUUGUAGCUUUUCUGUUUCUAGUUGUAUUUGCGGCAUGCUGGUGGAAAAGGAGGCAAAACAUUAUCCGUGGUCAGAAAUUAGCUGCAGCAAGGGAAGCUCCCUAUGCUAAAUCAAGGACCCAGUUUACACGGGAUGUGCAAAUGGCUCACAGAGGAAGCAACAUUCCAGUCACAGAAAGCAGCCACUAGAGCUGACCACCAUGGUUGGUCACUGCGGAUCACCGCGCCGUGCCUGGGAUGUUUAACCCACUCCAGGUGCAGGAUGAUCUCGCCGGUGUCGGUGUUCCUUAGCUUGAGGACAAUGUUCUGAGAGACCUUGCCGUCUUUCCAUGUGAUGUGGCUCUCGGUGGAGAAGCAGUUGCCCUUGUCAGGGUGGAUCGUCUCGUCUUCAUCACGGUGUCGUGAGGGACGUGGCUGAGGUCCUUCUUGGCGAUCUCGACAAAGUCGAGGAUGCUGAAGUCUGCAUCACCCAUGCUGUCAUCCUUGGUGAAAGUAUCAUGGUCAAAGACUUCCUGUAAUAGUAAUAAUGAAAGUAAAACCCCAAAGGUUGGUUUCAGGAACAAGAGAUUGAUAUGUAUUGGCGGUGAGUUUCUGAAAUCCUGAUUGGGAUGGAGUUGUUGAUCGAACUUACAAUCUUAACCGGGAGCGUCCAGUUUGUGAUGGACAGGGUGAGCUCCUCGUUCCAUUCCGGGUUGGUGGAUUUAUAUUUGAUACCGGACUUCACUUUCUGCA